AUGGAGGGUGCGACUAUGACGGUGGCGGCUAGUACGACCGAUACGACCGCCGUAGUAGAAGAGGGUAGAUACGAGUCGACCGACGAGGAUGACGAAGGAGGUGACGGUGAAGGCUGGCACGAAUUGGUUGAUAUUAUAGACGCGAGGUGCAAGAUCAAGAAGCUCGCUACGACCGAUGGAAACACGCUGCGCGAGAACAUGGAGAUUGAAGACGGUGACCUGGACAAGAACUUGGUUCAGGAUUACGAAGACCUUUUCGAGAAUUCCGCACGCGCGGAGGAAGAUUACUCGAGGGUCCACAGGCAACGAGGGAGUCUCCGCGUCACACUGGUUGCCGUCAUUGUUCCCAACGACGAGGUCGACCAGUUCCUGAUCACAGGCACGUCCAAAAAAAAAGAGGCACAGGGUCUUCUGCCACGCUACCUUGAGAAGUGCUCCAACCCAGACGAGCGCGAGUCGACAAUGAAAAAUGUUCGCACCCUCGCACAGCUUGUAUGGGCAGCCAAACCGGACCCAUACGGCUACAUCUUGCAGUUUGCUACGCGGGAUUUCAACGAAGAGACUGCACUGAAGUUCUUGGCGGCUGUUCUGCAAUAA